CUUUUCCCAGUGCAGCGGAGGUAGAGCCUUAGCCUUGUAGACUGUAGUCUCCAGGCUAACGGAGGUCGGAAAGAUUGCAAAAUGGGUUUCGUCAAGGUAGUGAAGAAUAAGGCGUACUUCAAGAGGUACCAGGUGAAAUUCAGGAGAAGGCGAGAGGGGAAGACGGACUACUUUGCCCGCAAACGCCUGGUCAUCCAAGACAAGAACAAGUACAACACCCCCAAGUACAGGAUGAUCGUGAGGUUCUCCAACAGGGACAUCAUCUGCCAGAUCGCCUACGCCAAGAUCGAGGGGGACGUGAUCGUCUGUGCCGCCUACUCCCACGAGCUGCCCAAGUACGGCGUCUCCGUGGGGCUGACGAACUACGCUGCAGCCUACUGCACUGGACUGCUGCUCGCCCGCAGGCUGCUGAACAAGUUUGGCCUCGACAAGGUGUACGAGGGCCAGGUGGAGGUGACGGGGGACGAGUUCAACGUGGAGAGCAUCGACGACCAGCCAGGCGCGUUUACGUGCUACCUGGAUGCAGGGCUCGCCAGAACCACGACGGGCAACAAAGUGUUCGGGGCUCUCAAGGGUGCGGUGGACGGAGGCCUCUCCAUUCCUCACAGCACUAAGCGUUUCCCGGGUUACGACCCCGAAAGCAAAGAGUUCAACGCGGAGGUCCACCGAAAGCACAUCAUGGGCGUGAACGUGUCGGAGUACAUGAGCUACCUGAUGGAGGAGGACGAGGAGGCCUACAAAAAGCAGUUCUCCCGCUUCAUCAAGAACGGCGUCACCCCUGACACGGUGGAGGAAAUGUACAAAAAAGCCCACGCCGCCAUCCGUGAAAACCCAGUCCACGAAAAGAAGCCCAAGAAAGAAGUCAAAAAGAAGAGGUGGAACCGUGCCAAGCUCUCUCUGGCCCAGAGGAAAGACCGCGUCGCCCAGAAGAAGGCCAGCUUCCUCCGUGCCCAGGAACAGGAGGCUGACGACAGCUAAAGCGGAGUCUGGUCCUGUCCCUCGCAAAAACAAAAUGCUUUGUGUUAAUAAAUAUAUUGAAAAAAG